AUGGUGGUAGCAAAGUCCUCAAAGAAAAAAGUGACUUCCACUUUAAUGGAAGAUAAAGUGUCAGCUAUAUUAUUUAAUAAGGUUAAUUCACGAAGGGAGAAGCUUUCAGACGACCAAAAACGCGAGAACCAUGUUACUAGCGAACAGAGAAGAAGAGAAAUUCUUCGGGAAUAUUACGACGAACUUGUUAGUAAAGUACCGGAUCUGGAUGAAUCUGAGCGCAGAUCCGAAUGGCAAAUAUAUAUGAAAACAAAGAGCUACCUAUGCUGGCUGUAUGCAAGAAAUCAACAGCUGCGCAACCAUUUAGAGGAUUUUAACAUAGCAUGUCCUCAGCAUCUUGUUUGGGAAUACCCGGAUGCUGUGAACAAGUCUGGAUAA